AUGACCGUCUCCGACGACGACACCGACCAUGACCUCCUCGACUUUAUGCGCAAAGCCAUGGGUCUAACCGCCAACCCCACCACUUCCAAACCCGAACCGGACACGGGCGUCCUCAAAAGUGCCGAAUACAUCUACGACAACGCCAUAGAUGUUGCUCUGGACAUGCGAUCCUGCAAAGAAGCCGCCGAAACAAUAAUAAAAUGCAUGGAAGCAGAAAACUUUGGAACCCAAACGUGGGAUUCUCAUAUCCUUCACCCUCACACUAAGGAUGAAGAACAAGUGGACUUUAUAUUUGUUAUGGAUUUGCUCAAUUUCUCGUUUUGGGCCGAUGAUCCGAAGAAACCGUUUGUGGUGGAGUAUAAUGGAAGGAAUGAGGAUGGGUAUUGGAGUUUGGUGGCUUCGUUGAGGAGAGCUUUGGAUGAGGGGAUACCGAUUACUAGUCCUUAUUUCUGGGUGGAUAGGACGGUCUGUACGGAUGCACUCCUCGAACGUUUAUUCAGACCGUCAACGGGGACACAGAUCCCGAUGUUGGCGGAAAGGAUAGAAUGUCUCCGUGAAGCGGGAGAGAUACUAUGCGAGCAAUUCAACGGUUCGUUCGUCAAUUGCAUCAAAGAAGCAGACGGAUCCGCAGCCGCUCUCGUCAACCUCGUAGUCGACGAAUUCCCCUGCUUCAGAGACGAAACGACCUUCCAAGGCCGUCAAGUAAACUUCUACAAGCGAGCUCAAAUCCUCGUAGCCGACAUCUGGGCCUCCUUCAACGGUACCUCCCACGGCACCUUCCACGACAUCAACAAAAUCACCAUGUUCGCCGACUACCGUAUCCCCCAAAUCCUACAUACCCUGGGCUGUCUAAUGUACUCCCCACCUCUCGAACACACCAUCAAAGACCGAAAACCCAUUGCCUCGGGUUCUAGAUACGAAACCGAAAUAAGAGGAUGUACGAUCCAUUGCGUCGAGUUGAUACGUAGGGAGAUUGUGAAGAAACAUCCGGAGGCGAAAGUUAAUGCCAUUCUUAUUGAUUUCUUCUUGUAUGAUACGGCGAAGGAGUGGGAGGUUCAGGGGAAGGAAAUGAUUCCUACGCAUAGGACGAGGAGUAUUUGGUAUUAA